AAUGUCAAAACCAAGAGAUCUCUCCGGAGGACCCAAAAAAACCCUGCUGUGUUGUUGCAGACAAUGGACCCUACAGAGCCUGGUAGAAAUAUGCCUGUGGCCGGCGAAACUGGCAGUCCGGAAGAGAGGCAUCUGUGCCAGUUGUCUAGUGGAAUGACAUUAGAAGAAUUCUAUCAGUGGCGAGACGUACUGAUGAUAAAUCCGAUGACGGCCAUGAACCCUUUACUGACAGCAUCAGGGCAGCAAAGGAUCCCCCUGGUUCCCUUACCAUUUGAACCUCCAACUGUGAAUAGAGAUUUAUUGCCUUGCACUGUAGCUCCAGCUGACCCAAGACAGUUUUGUGUUCCAUCCCAAUUUGGAUCCUCUGUUCUACCAAAUGCAAAUAUGCCAAACAUGAUGUUCAAUCGUGUCUAUUCAGGUUGGGGCAUUUUACCAUCUGAAUCCAUAAAGACAAUGGCCAGAAGGAAUGAAAUGAUUCAAAGGCAGCAUACUGCCAGGAUGGAAAUGGAAAUGCGUGCCAUUUGCCAGCAAAGGAAGAUAGAAAAAGUGAAUCCCAAGGGAUUAGCAGGUCUGCAGAUACCAUUCCUCUAUGGCUCCAGUUUCUCAGCAGGCCCAGCCACCUGCCACCGCAGGAACAUGCUCCCUGCCAGCGACCUGAAUUUACGCAGACACUCCCUGAGAAACCUUCAUGGAAACCCCAUGCUAGUGGCAACUGGUCCAUGCUAUCUAGAGGGCUGGGCGCAGAAAUGUCGUCAUCUCAGGAGAGGCACAGGGAAUCAGAAGGUUCUAGACAGUGACACUGAGAGUUCCAAAAGUCAAGCAGAAGAAAAAUCCCUAGGCCAGAUCCAUGCGGUUCCCAAUGAAGAGGAUGAGUAUGCAAAAGGCCCAGAAAUCGAAGCUAGCAACAGCCAGAAGUCAAGAGAGAUCAAUGAAAAGCCACCUGCAGUUCUUGCCAAUACCUGUGGAGAGUCGGAACCCAGCCAUAGAAAACCCUGGGGAGCUCUUUCUGCUCAGAUGGAGGCAAGAGCCUGUGACGGUGGGAAAGAGAAGGUUUCAGAGCAGUUUUCUGCAGUCUGUGGCGAAAAGAAUGGGGUGUACCCUCCAGUUCCUCAAGCAUCUUUGCCAGGGACACACAUGCUGGUUACAAGUGGGGAAAACGUGUCUUUGGAUGAAGACAUUCAGAAAUGGACCGUGAAUGAUGUGUGCAACUUCAUUAGUGGCCUUCCGGGUUGCUCAGACUAUGCUCAGGUAUUUAAAGAUCAUGCAAUUGAUGGAGAAACUUUGCCAUUACUCACAGAGGAGCAUCUUCGAAGCACUAUGGGACUGAAGCUAGGGCCGGCACUAAAGAUCCAAUUGCAGGUGUCUCAACAUGUGGAAAGUAUGCUCUACAAGAAAAGUUUUUCAUUUCCUACCCAUACAAAACAAGCAUUUGAUCAACAAGCAGAUACAUCCCCUCCUCUGGAUUUUAAUUCCUGGGGUGAUACAUUGGGCAGUACUUGUUCCCAGGAUAUAAUAAUUCCUAAAGGAAUCAAGCGAAACAUUACGAGAAAUUAA